AAGUUUGGUAUUACCAAAUGUUAGAUUAUGAAGUUUGUUGAGCUACAUCCAGAAUCCAGACUACAUUAGAGAAUUAAUAGCGUCACUGGGUUUCUCUUUCUGAGAGCAAACAAACUUACCAUGCGUGUGCGUACUAGUAUCUAUAUUAUCCUUGGAUUAAUCUUUAACAUUGUUAUAUUAUCCGCAGAUCAGAUACUUUAUCAGAGGGUGAACUUAUAUCCCCACACAUCUUGCAGCAGAUCCGGGGGUCUAUACAGCGCCCUCUGGUGUUACCGCCGCUGCGUGAGAGUGUUCGGUGUGCCUUUCUUGGUGAGUUACGAUGAGGAAGACCAGACGUGUUAUUGUUGUAAUAAAGCUCCAGGACAAAGCGACAGUGAGAUAACAGGGACCGGACUGCAUACAUUUAGGACAGGUCACUGCCCGUUAGAGUACACAGCGGUAGACUACAAAACCGGCAGAAUCUGUCUUCGAUAUGUGGAGUCAGCGGUGAAGUAUUUAAAAGCAAAGGACAUAUGUACCAAACAAUGGGGCGAUCUUAUUCGACUCGACUCUCUGGACAAACACAAUAUUCUACGAUCAUUCGUAGAAAGUAAACGUCAGAGUGCUGAAGUCGAUGUCUGGGUCCAGGGGGUGGAUCACAACGGAACGUGGCGUUACCAUGACAACCAGGAGUUCACCUACACGUGCCUGGGAGGAGACAGUCAAAACCCAGCGGAGAUUUAUCUGCGCGCGCGGAGUAAGGCAAAUUAUGGCUGCAAUGAUUCGGGACCAUGGCGUGUUGCUACGUAUCUCUGUGAAAUAUUCAUUCCCAAACAUUUGUUACAAAACUGUUCGUCAAUAUAGAUAUCUCAGUCUUAUAUCUCAACCUGUGACGUGUAUGUUAUUCUUAUCGAUGAUGUAAUUAUAAACAGUUUUGUAGUAUUGUACACAGUAUCUAAUCUUCAUUGCCUGUAUCUAAUCAUUGGAUUCUGAAAGCAUAGUGAAGCUCAAGUCA